AUGACUAGCCGCGAGCCGGCCUCCGUGGCGCGCAUGCGUCGUCUCUUGACGUUGCCGCUCGCGGGAGAAUUCGAAUCCAGCUGCGCGGGCGCCAAACGGAGCUGGUCGUGGAUUCUCAACGGUGAGUUUUGAGGGGAGAGGGCGAGGCCGUGGCAGGUGAAAUAUAAACGGAAUUAUGUUAGGGUAAGCUAGGUCUGUGGUGACCUGUUCUUGACAGUGGCCAAUACUCAGCAGCUGCCUGCUAGUUAGGGAGCCGGAAGGGUGGGCGUCUUGUGGAGAAAGGUGAAGGAACUGGCCUGCUGGAUUAAUGCUAAGGACCCGUCCAGCCCUGCUUUCUCUAUUCCUUUUCGAUAGGAAGCCUCAGGGGAAAGGACUGUCUUACUAUACUGGCGUUUGUAGGUUGCUCGGGGUGCCUUUUCCGCUUGAAGAAAGUGAGGUAAAAGCACACCUUUGAAAUGGUUUGUUGUUGUUAUUUAGUGACUUCUAGGUGCGUCUGAAACAGGGAAGUGACAGGAGAAGGGGGGGAUUGUAUACAAGGUGGAAUUUAUUUUACUUAGCCUAGGUCCAUUAAUUUCAGUGGUCUACAGUGGUACCUCGGGUUACAGACGCUUCAGGUUACAGACUCCGCUAACCCAGAAAUAGUACCUCGGGUUAAGAACUUUGCUUCAGGAUGAGAACAGAAAUCACGCAGCGGCAGUGGGAGGCCCCAUUAGCUAAAGUGGUACCUCAGGUUAAGAACAGUUUCAGGUUAAGAAUGGACCUCCAGAACGAAUUAAAUUCUUAACCCGAGGUACCACUGUACUGUUAAUAGAAUAGAAUUCCAUACAUAUGGGAACAGAGGUGCGUGGUGAUGAUGAAAGGAGAAUUGUGUGUUUGCCUUCAGUUUCUUAAAAAAAAAAGAAACAAUAUAAAAAAUAUUCUACCUUCAACUUCAGGAAUAUGUGGUUGGGGGGAAAAGGGGUGGGGUUGGCUGUGGGGGGUGGGGAGCAAAUGGCCACAUGCUGUAGCCAAACAGAGUGAGAAAAGAAAACCUAUGGAUACUUUCGACUUUGUCAUCUCUUUUCUCAGAAUUCAUAUUGUGCAGGACAAUAAAGAAGUGUGAAUCACCAGUAACUGGAACUAGUGAGCUAUUGUGGUAAGGCUAGUUAUACUACAUGUUCUGCCCAGUUGCCAGAACAGUUGCCAGUCCAUUAAUUUACUUAAGAAGUAUAGAAACAUAGAGAGACAGUACCUAAAGCAGUGUACGGAAUAACCUAAAACUACUGAUAUUACCGAAAAUAGCAGUAAAACAUCCAUUGCUGCCAGAUGGACAAUAAUUCAUGGCCAAAUUAAAACAGCAGCAGUUAAAUACAUUCAGUUAUGUGGUGCAAAAAAAUCCUGUAAAGACAGCUGGGCCAGAAUACAUCUUUAGAAAGAGCCAGGCCAACAGUGUAGGAGAUAGUUGCUCCAAGGAGUCGAAGUGCAGAUGCUGCCAGGUUUAAAGGAGGUAACCUAGUGGGGCAGUGGUUAGUGAGGCAAUAGAUGUUUUCUUGGAAGCAAGCAACCUGAAGGCAAAGUUUUUCUUUUCUUUUUUUGCGAGGGAGGGGGAGGAAACAAACCAUAAUCACUAGUUUGCACCUAGUAUGAAACCAGUCUCUGGUUUGUUUCCACUCUAGUGUGUCAAGGUAAGGAGCAGGGGAGAAGCAAAUUGGAGACAUUUGAGCAGUCUGCACCUACAUGCUUCUUAUUCAUAUUAAAAAUGCAAUGCGGUGUGUGAACUAGGUUUGUUUGCCAACCAGUUCUGAAUUGCUGUUCUGGCAUUAAAUUGGAUUUCCUGUUGCAAUGUUUUCCUCUUAGACUUUUAUGGAUUACGAAGUAAUACAACAUGGCAAAACGUGAAGCUUUUCUACAGGCUGCUUUUAAUGGUGCCAACAAAGAGUUCUUGCAUUUUAUCCAACUUCACGUAAGUAAAUAUGAAGAGAAAAAAAGUGCCUGGAGUGGGAUGAAACGCUUUUGUUCAGUGACAAACUUUUGGUUUGUAUCAUUUUUACAGAAAGAUGCAGCAGAUCCAUUUGAUUUGA